AUGGCGAUUCAGAAGGCAGCCAAUUCUCCAGGUUCUACUGAGAUUGAUCGAGUGCUGAAGUUUCUUUCAGAGCCAACGGAUGAAGCUGUUAAGAUUGUAGGAAUAGUUGGACCAGAAGGGUCUGGUAAAACUACCUUAGCUGAGGAGUUUUACUAUCGAUACCGAAAAGAUUUCGAUAGAUCCAGUCUACUAUUUGGUGUCAGAGAAGCCUCCAAACGAAAUGGAUUAGAAGCCUUGCAGAGGCAGCUGCUUAAUGACCUCACCAACACCAUUUGGGAAAUAAACAACAAGAGCGAAGGGCGAGAAAUACUUGCAGAACGUUUACAGUGUCUAAGUCGGCAGAGAUCGCUCAAGUUUCUCAUUGUUAUUGAUGACGUUGAUCAUCAUGAUCAGCUAGAUGCUCUACUGCUCGGGGAGAAUGUGUUGGGAAACGGAAGUUUGGUUAUACUGGCAUCCCGUGAUAAGCCAAUCCUUAAACUUUCAGGAAUCUCACUGCCUUAUGAAAUGAAACCUCUGGCUAAGGAGCACGCUCGAGAGCUCUUGUGCAUGCACGCCUUCAACCAGGAGAAACCGAUUUGGGAAUUGGAGAGUGUGGUCGAAACAGCCGUGAGAAAGUUUGGCGGCUUACCUUUGUUUCUCAAGCUUAUUGGGAGGCAUCUUCGUCUAUACGGAGGGAACAAUAUAGAGUCUUGGAAUUGCGAGUUGAGAAUGUUUUGUGAACUCAAUGAUAUAAUGAAGGCUACUUUCAACGCUCUGAGCGAAGAGGAACAGCAAAUAUUCUUAGAUAUUGCUUGA